UGCAGCGGAAGUGGUUGUUCAYAUUGUUCUCGCAUGUUAUGGUGUUAUAGUCGUCUCUUUAAACUAGUUUUACUUUUAGUAGGAAACUUUCCAGUUUUGCUGAAUGCUUAAUUUACUGUAAAAUUAGGUCAAUGGGAUCUUGUGUGAAGUCGAAUUAGAAGAGUAGAAGAAAGGAUUUGAUUUUCUUCCUGUUUAUCUCAUUAUUCAAGUCAUCGUAUUUUAUUGUUCGAUGCAUACGGUACGAUGAUUAGUGAUCUGUAAUUGGCGUUACAAUAAAUAUUUCUGUGGUAUUUAACAAGACUGAUUGUACUGAUUAUACUGAUUAGAAUGAAGACUGCAUCACGUAUUGCUGAUCGUAAUCCUCAAUCUGAUAGAUUGCAUAGCAUGGCUGAACGACUUGGUUUAGGUCCUGAAAUUCGAGAAUUGAAAUUAGGACCUUCUUUUACUAAUAAUAAAUCAACAGCAUUCCAUACGCUUAAAUAUGAUUUCAAGCCAGCGAGUGUAGAUGUAUCUAAAAUGGCGAGAGUAGAUGUUGGAACAAACAAUACUAUGAUGGUUACUGUUCCACAUUUAGACGGAGCUGGUAUUCCUCAUACAGUGUUCAAAGGCUCUCAAAGGCCACACCAUAAAGAUUGUGUUCUUAUUAUUGAUAGAAAAACAGGAGAAAUAACUUUAGAAAAAUUAUCUGCUAAUAUUCAAGUUAAAAAAACAAGAACAGAACCAAAGUCUCAGUUGCAUUUAGGAACUUCUACUACAAAUAAUAGUAGUAGUACUGGCAGUAGUAAUACUAAUAAUAAUAGUAAUAGACCUAUUACACCUGUGGAAACUAAGAAAAGUCCUACGCAUAACAAACUUAUUAAUAAGUCAAGAGUUGUGAAUCGUAAGAAAAAGGAUCGUGUUAUGCCAGUCCAUUCAAAGCAAAACAGUCCUCGAAUAUCACCGUAUCAUGGAAGAAGUCCACAAAAUCCAAUGUCCGAUAGUUUGCCAGUACAAUCAUCGACAACGCAAUCAACUUUAGCUAGUCUUCCUAUGAUUGGUUCAGAAAAUGAUGAUUUUCCAAUGAUGCCAGCGAUGACAGCAGUACCAGCAAUGCCAGCUAUGCAACCAACGCAACCAAUGCAACAAAUACAACCAAUGCAACAGAUGCAAUCAAUGCCAGAGAUGGAUAAUAACAAAGAAGCUCUUAGCGAUUCAAGUUCAGGUAGUUCAAGUUCAGACAGUUCUGAUAGUGAUUCUGAUGCUGAAAAUGUUCCUGUAUCAACAGUGACUAAUGGUCAUCCUAAUAAUACAACUUUAUCACCAACUUCAUUAAUGCCAAAUAAUUUGUUAAAUGAAGAUUUACAAUUGUCAGAAUCGGAAUCUGACAGUGAUUAAUAAAAAAAGAUUUGUUCAAAUCUUAGAAACGAUUUUAAAAUGCGAUUUUAAAUGAAAAAUAUGU